AUGUUCUUCUCAUUGGAUGAAUUAGUUCGUUGGCUAGGACUUACGAUUUUUGAGUUAUGGAUACAGUUGAAUGCUGUGUUAGUCUUUUCAUUGUUGCUAGCUCUGCACAUUGACCGUACUCUGCAGUGUUCAUGGUGGAUUGUCUUCUCACCUUUGUUUACUGCAGAUGCCCUCAACGCAUAUUUUUGUACAAUUGUCUUCAUACGCAUGUACCUGGAAGGAAUGUAUAAGGCAGCAUUAAUGCGCGCGACAUGGAGCCUAACACUACUGCUUUUGCUGUUCGUGUUUAAAUUUUUAUUAUGCAAAAAGCUGCAAAGCAUUGAUCAAGGAGUUGGUGGUUUAGAUUUCUCUGAAGUGCUGUCACCAAUCUUUAUUCUGCUACAGCUUGUAGCUGUACGGGCAUGCCAGUUACACUAA